GCUGAUCACACAGCACAUGAAGGAACUGAGUGUUUGUUUGAUUCCAGAGUUUAUGAGGCUCAUUUCAACAUCAUGAUAAAUAACAUUGUACGGCUCAGUCCCAGGAGACGCUCACAGUCAGGACUCAGUGUGAAAGUGAAGAUCUGGAUUCAUGAUCCUACACCGUCCAUUACUCAAUAAAUACAUGAUCCUAAGUUUGUUAUCGACAUCAUAACCAGUACAAUAAAACAUGAACUGUGAACCAGUUCAUUUGUACGUGUAUGAGCUGGACUUUGAACUUGUGUUUUCAAGAGUGAUCUGUUUAAACAGGGAGGAGGAGCAUGAGAACAGGGAGCGGUCAGACUCCAUUUUCCCCUUGAUGCGCAGAACGAAGGAAAGUGAGCAGCUCACAGUCAUUGUCAGUGUGUUUCCUCUCAGACUGAAGAUGAGUGGUUAUGAGGAGGAAGAGGAGGACAGAGCAGAGUCUCCAGGGUUCAGCUGUGUGUCUCUGAAGAGUGACUGGUCCAGAAGAGAGCCUCUCAACUUCAGUACUGAGCCUGGACCCUCACACAUAAAAGGUCAGGUCCACAGAGUGAGAGCAGAGUCUCCAGGGUCCAGCUGUCUGUCUCUGAAGAGUGACUGGUCCAAUGAUCAUCCUCCUCUAAACUUCAGUAAGGAAUCUGGACCCUCACACACAAAAGGUCAGGACCACAGACUCAGAGCAGAGUCUCCAGGGUCCAGCUGUGUGUCUCUGAAGAGUGACUGGUCCAUGGAACCUCCUCCAAACUUCAGUAUUGAACCUGGACCCUCACACACAAAAGGUCAGGACCACAGACUGAGAGCAGAGUCUCCAGGGUCCAGCUGUCUGUCUCUGAAGAGUGACUGGUCCAGAAGAGAGCCUCUAAACUUCAGGAAUGAACCUGGACCCUCACACACAGAACAGAGGAAGAGGAAGAGGAGUCAUGUUUCUGAGGAGGAGCAGUCGUCCUGCUGUGCUUCGUGUCAGGACGUCCUGAAGGAUCCAGUCUCCACCAGCUGUGGACACUGGUUCUGCAGACAGUGCAUCACUUCAUACUGGGACCAGUCUGGUUCUUCAGGAGACUCCUCCUGUCCCCAGUGUGGACAAAGAUCCAGUAAAGGAGCUGAAGCUCAGACAGCCGCAGAUCGUGGUCUGCAGGAGGUUUCAGAUGAACAUAAGCUCAGUCUGAGGAGGAGAUGUGAACAUGUGACUGAAGGAACUGAUGAAACAGGAAGUAGAACCCUCCUAAACAGGAUCUACACUGAGCUCUACAUCACACAGGGACAGAGUGAAGAGGUUAAUACUCAACAUGAGGUGAGGCAGCUUGAGACGGCUUCCAAGAGGAAGAUCCUCCACGACACUCCCAUCAAGGUCCACGACAUCUUUAAAGCCUCCACUGACCAGCAGAGCAGCAUCAGAGUCGUCCUGACCAACGGAGUCGCUGGCGUUGGAAAAACCUUCUCGGUGCAGAAGUUCACUCUGGACUGGGCAGAGGGUUUAGAAAACCAGGAUGUGGAUCUGCUGACUGUGCUUUCGUUCAGGGAGCUGAACCUGGUGAAGGACCAGCAGCACAGUCUUCUCACGCUGCUCCAUGUUUUCUAUCCAGCGUUACAGAAGCUCACAGCAGAGACGCUCGCUGUCUGUAAACCUUUGUUCAUCUUUGACGGCCUGGAUGAAAGCAGACUUUCUCUGGACUUCAACCACAGGGAGCUUGUGUCUGAGGUCACACAGAGGUCAUCAGUCAACGUGCUGCUGACAAACCUCAUCCAGGGGAAUCUGCUUCCCUCGGCUCUCAUCUGGAUAACCUCCAGACCUGCGGCGGCCAAUCAGAUCCCUCCUGCAUGUGUUGACAGGGUCACAGAAGUACGAGGCUUCACUGACGCCCAGCAGGAGGAGUACUUCAGGAGAAGAUUCAGUGAUGAAGAGCUGUGCAGCAGAAUCAUCUCACACAUCAAGACGUCCAGGAGCCUCCACAUCAUGUGUCAAAUCCCAGUCUUCUGCUGGAUCAGUGCUACAGUUCUGGAGCACAUGUUGGCCACAGACCAGAGAGGAGAGCUGCCCAAGACCCUGACUGACCUGUACUCACACUUCCUGCUGGUUCAGACAAAGAGGAAGAACAAGAAGUACGGUGAGGGACAUGAGACGAGUCCACAGCAGCUGACGGAGGCUGACAGGGACGUUCUCCUGAAGCUGGGGAGGCUGGCACUUAAACAUCUGGAGGAAGGAAACAUCAUGUUCUAUCAAGAAGACCUGGAGCGGUGUGGUCUUAAUGUCACAGAGGCCUCAGUGUACUCAGGAGUUUGUACUGAGAUCUUCAGAAGAGAGUGUGUGAUCUUCCAGAAAUCAGUCUACUGCUUUGUUCAUCUGAGCGUUCAGGAGUUUCUGGCUGCAGUCUACAUGUUCCACUGUUACACCAAGAGAAACACAGAAGACCUCAAAAUCUUCUUGGGAACAUAUUGGGACACAGACAGUACCUUCUCCCUGGAUGACCUCCUGAAGAGCACCAUGGAGAAAUCCCUCACCAGUACAAAUGGUCAUCUGGACCUGUUUGUUCGCUUCCUUCACGGCCUCAGUCUGGAGUCCAACCAGAGAGUCUUAGGAGGCCUGCUGGGUCGGACAGAGAAAAAUCCAGAGAUCAUCCAGGGAAUCAUCUACAACCUGAAGGAGAUGGAGAGUCAUGACAUUUCUCCUGACAGAAGCAUCAACAUCUUCCACUGUCUGACUGAGAUGAACGACCACUCAGUUCAUCAGCAGAUGCAACAGUUCCUGAAGUCAGGGAACAAAUCAAAGGAGGAACUCUCUGAGAUCCACUGCUCAGCUCUGGCCUACAUGCUGCAGAUGUCAGAGGAGGUUCUGGAUGAGUUGGACCCAGAGAAGUUCAACACAUCAGACCAGGGUCGACUGAGACUGAUCCCAGCUGUGAGGAACUGCAGGAAGGCUAUACUCGGUGGUUAUGGACUCUCAGAAACUCAAUGUGAAAUCGUGGCCUCAGCUCUGAAGUCAGACCCCUCACAUCUCAGAGAACUGGAUCUGAGUUUUGACCACCUGCAGGAUUCAGGAGUGCAGCUGCUGUGUUCUGGACUGGAGAGUCCAAACUGUCGACUGGAGACUCUGAGGUUGAGGAGCUUCAGUCUGUCUGAGAUCAGCUUUUCUUCUCUGGCUUCAGCUCUGAGGUCAAACCCCUCUCAUCUGAGAGAACUGGAUCUAAGUGGAAACAAAGUCCUGCAGGACUCAGGAGUGAAGGAGCUCUGUGGUUUUCUACUGAGUCCAACCUGUCGACUGGAGACUCUAAGGUUGGAGGGCAGCAGUCUGUCAGAGAUCGGCUGUUUUUCUCUGGCUUCAGCUCUGAGGUCAAACCCCUCUCAUCUGAGAAAACUGUAUCUAAGUGGAAACAAAGUCCUGCAGGAGUCAGGAGUGAAGGAGCUGUGUGGUUUUCUACAGAGUCCAACCUGUCGACUGGACACUCUGAGGUUGAAGGACUGCAGUCUGUCAGAGAUCAGCUGUUCUUCUCUGGCUUCAGCUCUGAGGUCAAACCCCUCUCAUCUGAGAAAACUGGAUCUGAGUGACAACGGCCUGCUGGACUCAGGAGUGAUGGAGCUGUGUGGUUUUCUACAGAGUCCAACCUGUGGACUGGAGACUCUGAGGUUGGAGAGCUGCAGUCUGUCAGAGAUCAGCUGUUUUUCUCUGGCUUCAGCUCUGAAGUCAGACCCCUCUCAUCUGAGAGAACUAGAUCUGAGUAGAAACCUCCUGCAGGAUUCAGGAGUGAAGCUGCUGUGUUCUGGACUGGAGAGUCCUAACUGUCGGCUGGAGACUCUGAGGUUGAAGAACUGCAGACUGUCAGAGAUCAGCUGUUCUUCUGUGGCCUCAGCUCUGAAGUCAGACCCCUCUCAUCUGAGAGAACUGGAUCUGAGUCACAACAAGCUGCAGGACUCAGGAGUGAAGCUGCUGUGUUCUGGACUGGAGAGUCCAAACUGUCGACUGGAGACUCUGAGGUUGAAGGACUGCAGACUGUCAGAGAUCAGCUGUUCUUCUCUGGCUUCAACUCCGAGGUCAAACCCCUUUCAUCUGAGAGAACUGGAUCUGAGUGACAACGACCUGCAGGAGUCAGGAGUGAAGGAGCUGUGUAGUUUUCUACAGAGUCCAACCUGUCGACUGGAGACUCUGAGCUUGGAGGGCAACAAUCUGUCAGAGAUCAGCUGUUCUUCUCUGGCUUCAGCUCUGAUGUCAAACCCCUCUCAUCUGAGAGAACUGGACCUGUCUAACAACGACCUGCAGGACUCAGGAGUGAAGGAGCUGUGUGGUUUUCUACAGAGUCCAACCUGUCGACUGGAGACUCUAAGGUUGCAGUACUGCAGUCUGUCAGAGAUCAGCUGUUCUUCUCUGGCUUCAGCUCUGAGGUCAAACCCCUCUCAUCUGAGAGUACUGGAUCUGAGAGACAACAAGCCGCAGGACUCAGGAGUGGAGGAGCUGCUUGAUCUACAGCAGAGUCCAACCUGUCAACUGGAGGAUCUGGGUUGGGAGUGGUCUUAGUGAAGGUGAGUGUGAAGAGGACAGUGUGUGUGGACGGAGGCUGAGCUGUGUCCUGAGGAUCCAGAGGCUGAAGCAGCAGCCGAUUGUGUGUAGUCUCCAAUUUACACAACCCCUAAUCUGCAUGUGUUUGUGAGAUGAAACCGGAGCAACAUGCAGUCUCCACACAGGAAGACCCCAUCUGAACCGGAUUCAAACCAGCAACCUUCUUGCCCCGAUUGUGUUCAUUCACAUGAAGUUGUGUUUAUUAAAAUGACACAACACCAUGCAGAAUAUAUAAACCCUCUAUAAAUAGUCACAUACAGUGUGUUUAAAUUCGCCUUUAUUAUUUUCCACCUUUGCCCCUCAGUAUGUCUCCAUGUGUGUAGAACCACAUUCUGUGUAUAUGUUUGUUUAUGAGCUUAAAGUUCCUGGAUUCAGUUUAGUUGAGGGCAGGUUUAAGUUUAGGUUAUUUUAACCAAUACAUCAAAUAUUUCAUCAGCCUGAAUCAACACUGAUUCAAAAACAUUAAAACAAUUAUCGACCAGAAUCCACAGCUUCAAAUGUACGUCUUUACACAUUUCAUAAUCUCAAGAUGGACAUUGUUUUUAAAGUGUUUGUGAAUCCAAAACACACAACAUAAUUAAAUGUGCCGUAGAAAAUUAAUUAUAUAAACAGACGAAAUAUUGCAAAUCAAACAGUGAGUUCAGUAAAAUCUCAACAACACUUUGCUUGUGGAACAAUAAUUACACUUGAUUUCAUUGAAAUUUGAUUCACCUUUAACCGUGGACUAUGAUUACAACAAGACUGCUUGAUGUACAAUAUGUCUCCUUUUUAUUCUAAUCAAUGCUGUACAUUCUCUUAUCUUUCUCAUGUUCUCUGUUACACGUGGUUUCUAAUGCACGUCUGUCUGUCCAUGGAGAGGGACACUCACAUGUGUCUCUGAUGUUCUACCUUCUUUUUAUCCUGUUAAAAGUUGUUUUAGUAGUUUUUCCUGACUCUUGUUGCGGGUUAAGAACAGAGGAUGUCAAACCUUGUUAAACUCUGAGACAAAUUGUGAUUUGUGAAUGUGCUUUACAAAUAAAGUUUGAUUGAUGAUCUCUCUCACACAA